CAAACUUUGAGUAAGAAAGCAGCUUGAAAAGGAAUAAUAAUGGAAAAAGUAGUAUUAGCAUAUUCGGGUGGCCUUGACACUAGUUGCAUUCUUAAAUGGCUUCUUGAGAAAGGCUACGAAGUCAUUUGUUUCAUGGCUGAUGUCGGUCAAGAUGAAGAUUUUCAAGCUGCCAGAGAUAAAGCAUUAAAAAUUGGAGCAAGUGAAGUUGUGGUUAAGGACGUUAAAGCUCAUUUUGUUGAGCAUUUUGUAUGGCCAGCAAUAAGAAUGGGAGUGAUUUACGAAAAGCGAUACUUGCUGGGAACAUCUCUAGCACGACCUUGCAUCACUUUGGCACUUAUGGAAACCGUAAAAGAAUUUAAUUGCCAAUUUAUUUCCCACGGAGCUACGGGUAAAGGAAAUGAUCAGAUUCGUUUUGAGUUAUCAGCUUAUGCUCUUAAUCCAGAAAUAAAGGUUUUAGCCCCUUGGCGUAUUCCCGAAUUUUGUGAACGUUUUGAAGGUCGAAAUGACUUGUUGGAAUAUGCAAAAAACAAUAAUAUACCAGUUGCUGCUACAACAAAAGCUCCAUGGUCGAUGGAUGCAAACAUCAUGCAUAUUAGCUAUGAAUCUGGAAUAUUGGAAGAUCCAUCACAACCAGGACCUGAAGAUUUAUUCCAAAUGACAAAGAGUCCACAAAAUGCACCAAAUAACCAGUACGUUCAACCAUUACACAUUUUGCAAUUCUUAAAUCAAAUUGGAGGUGAACACGGAAUUGGACGAAUUGAUAUUGUGGAGAAUCGAUUCGUUGGAUUAAAAUCACGUGGAAUUUAUGAAACACCAGGCUGUAAAAUUCUAUAUGAAGCGCAUCAAGAUCUUGAAGUUUAUUGUCUCGAUCGAGAAAUCUUACGUGUUAAAAGCUUAUUGUCUGAAAGAAUGGCUGAAUAUGUGUACAAUGGCUUUUGGUUCUCGCCUGAAGCUGAAUAUGUGAAAAAGUGCUUAGAUGAAUCACAAAAAUCUGUCAAUGGGCGCGUUACAGUUGAGCUAUUCAAAGGAAAUGUCUUAGUUGUUGCUCGCGAAUCACUAAGCUCAUUGUACAAUCAAGAACUUGUGUCAAUGAAUGCACAUGGACAGUUGAAUUACACGGCAGCAACAGGCUUCAUAGAAAUCAAUUCAAUUCGUUUAAAGGAACAUUACCGUGCUCAUGGCGUUACAGCAAAUAAUGUGAAGGGAUUAAGUCGUAAUUUUUCACGCGUUAAAUUGAAUUAA